GUGGAUGUGUGUGGGUAUCCUCUCAGUAUCUUCUUCAUCGUGGUCAAUGAGUUCUGUGAACGGUUCUCCUACUAUGGCAUGCGAGCUGUAUUGGUGCUGUACUUCAGGUAUUUCCUGAAGUGGGAUGAUGACCUGGCCACCUCCAUCUACCACACCUUCGUCGCUCUCUGCUACCUGACUCCUAUACUGGGGGCCAUCGUGGCAGACUCCUGGCUGGGGAAGUUCAAGACUAUUGUCUAUUUAUCCAUCGUCUAUACGGUGGGACAGGUUGUCAUGGCAGUAAGCGCCAUACACGACAUCACAGACACAGACAGGGACGGGACCCCUGACAACAUGACCUUCCAUGUGGCCAUGUCUAUGGUUGGCCUGUUCCUCAUCGCUCUGGGAACAGGGGGCAUCAAACCCUGUGUCGCUGCCUUUGGAGGAGACCAGUUUGAAGACCACCAGGAGAAACAGAGGAGCACGUUCUUCUCCAUCUUCUACCUUUCAAUCAAUGCUGGUAGUCUCCUGUCCACCGUCAUUACACCCAUCCUCAGAG